UAGAAAGCACCGGUUUAAAUAGCGGACGCAACAAAUAAUCCAAAUAUAUUACAUUCGCAAAAUAUAUGAAUUCAAGUUUGAUACAUCAAGAUAUAUAUUGUUACUAUUAAAUAUGAAUAGAAAUACAUUAAUUCGGAGUUAUUUGAAAUCUUUGGUAUGAAUUGUUUUCUUGUAUCGCCUUAUAUGUAUUUGGUUAAUUGGAAGCAAUAGUAAACAAUAAUUGACAACCAUGCAAUCAAGUAUGUAUGUAACGCCACGAAUUUUUACUGCAAUACAAAAUGUAGACAUACAGGAACUAUCAAUAUGUUCUCAUAAAGAAAUACGACCAAUUUUACCGUGUUUGGUACGAAUGAGCCUCAUUUCUCCGCUAGACAUUACGAAAGAUUGCGUGGAAGAAAGAAAACAAGUUUUGACGAUUUUAUCUGGCAUUGAAUCAGUAAACUCAAUAAUUGCACUGCUUUCGAUUGAUUUUCAUGCGUUAGAAACUGAUGUUCGAAAGGAGCAACAAUUAAGGCAAAAGUUAGGUAGUUUGCAACGAGAUAGUAUACUUGCUCAGUCGUUACAAAGCGGUCUUGCCUUAGAAUUUGAACGUAGCGAGUCUACCAGAAGAAUAAGGCUAGUUCUAAGCGAAUUAUUAUAUAUAGCCUGUCAAGUGCAAGAGCUACAGAAGAAUCAGGAAUUCCAAAUCAAACAGUCAGAUUUAUUCGAUAAUGCGGUGUAUAUGGAAGAAAUUAGUUACGUAAUUUGCAUCGCUCUCGCAGAAUUACCGACAUUAUUAUCGAUAUUAGAUAUAGCAGAAACAUUAUUACACGUUAAACAAGGCCCAGAAAUAAUCUGCUGGAUAGUUGCUAAUAUUCCAGACAGCUUUAGCGAAGUAUGCACGCAUUUAAUCGCCAAUGGAGAAAGACAAGAGGAAUCGACGUUAGGCAGGAUUAGAACAAUGGCAUUGACAAUGUUAUGCCAGAUGAAUCCAAGUCAAGCAUUGGCAGUAAGAGCCAAGUGUGUAGAACUUUGUAGAAUGCCUGCUUUAGCGAUUACAUUAAGUCUGGAACAUGAAAACAUAACUAACGCAUUAUCAGAAAGUGAUAUAGUUGCUUUUGUGUCAGGAUUAUUGCUCGGUAGCGAUCAGCAAGUAAGAACAUGGAUCGCGAUGUUCAUUAGGAACGGACAGAAACGCAAAUGGGAAUCUCAUACGGCGUUACAAUCAUUAAGAGAGGAACUGCUCAAACGAUUACAAGCGAUCACUUCCCAAAAUGCAGGUCAAUUAGCUGAAUGUCAAGUGGUUCAAGCUAGUGCGUUAUUGCGUCUUUAUUGCGCACUGAGAGGUAUCGGAGGUAUUAAAUUUCAAGACGACGAAGUAGCAAUGAUCGUUCAGUUGUUGACAUCUCAUCCUCCACCAUCUCCAGCUGGUGUAAGAUUUGUUUCUUUGGGUCUUUGUAUGCUUAUCGCGUGUUCUUCGUUGAUAGGUCAUCAUAAUCUUGAAAAGCGGAGUAUAGAAUGGGUGCAGUGGCUCGUUCGCGAAGAAGCUUACUUUGAAAGUGCUAGUGGUGUAACAGCAAGUUUCGGGGAAAUGUUACUGUUAAUGGCUAUACAUUUUCAUAGUAAUCAACUCUCGGCAAUCUGCGAACUUGUAUGCGCAACUUUAGGUAUGAAAAUACCAAUUAGACCGAACAAUCUAACUAGAAUGAAACAAAUUUUUAUGCAAGAGAUAUUUACCGAGCAAGUGGUCACUUCUCAUGCUGUAAAGGUGCCGGUAACGGCUAAUUUAAACGCAAACAUUCCAGGAUUUUUACCUGUACAUUGUAUACAUCAGUUAUUGAAAUCACGAGCAUUUGCAAAGCAUCGAGUACCGAUAAAAAAUUGGAUUUACAAACAGAUUUGUAAUAGCGUGCCACCGCUGCAUCCAGUUCUCCCUGCUUUGGUCGAAGUAUACGUAAAUUCGAUUUUAGUAAUCAAUAAUAAAACGUCCGAACAUACGAACAAACCAAUUACAGAAGGUGAAAUUAGAAGGGUAUUUCAAAAUAGCGUUUUUGGUGCAAAUUUUGAUUUUAAGAAAAAUGCUAUUAGCGUUCCUCAAUGCGAAAUAGAUAAUACGGAUAUCGAUAUUCAAAAACCUUCUCUUACGUCCCAGUUAUUAUUAUUGUAUUAUUUAUUAUUGUACGAGGAUGUCAGAUUGUCCAACAUGCACGCAUUCAUAUCGCAGGAUAGAAAAGUUAAAUCGUACUCGACCGAAUUUCUAUCGGAGUUACCAAUUAAAUAUCUACUUCAGUUGGUUCAAAGAGAUCAAUUGAAUUAUGCUGGCUUGUUUUCCCCUCUUCUUAGACUGUUGGCAACUCAUUUUCCGCAUCUUUCGUUAGUAGACGAUUGGCUCGAUAACGAGAUGAUUAAUAUAGACUCUACGAUUGCAAACUACGAGAAUGUCAAAAUUACCGAUAUCAUGAUUAUCGAAACAUUUUCCCAUAUUCAAACAUGUCCUUCGAGAACAGGAAGACUUUUAAGACAAUUAAUGUCGAUGAAACCGACUGAUAUAUGGCCUCAUGCUGAAGUUAUAAUUUAUUAUUUUAAGGCAACAUUAAAUUCCAAAGUUCCUAGAUAUAUUCAAGAAUUGUACAAACAAGUAUGGCUUAGGUUAAAUACGGUGUUACCAAGAUGUUUAUGGGUUUUGUCGAUAAAUGCACUAUUAAUAGAAAAUUCCGUCGUAAAAAAUGUCUUUUUAACGCAAGAAAACAUUGUAUUAGACCCAUUACAAGUAUUGCGAUGCGAUACAAGAGUCUUUAGAUGUGCUCCAAUUUUAUCCAUCAUUUUGAGAAUUUUGCAAGCUGCAUUGGCAGCUUCCCGAUCUCAGCUGUCUAGGCAUGUACAAGAUAAACCAUUAACGGAGAAAAUUGGUCAACUGUCGAGCGAAACGGAAAGAGAAGAUUUAAGAACAGCUUUAGUAGCAGGUCAAGAGAGCGCAGCCGUACAAAUAUUAUUAGAAGCGUGUUUAGAAACAAACGAAGAUAGAGAAAUUCCUGGUCAAAUGUGGUCGCUAAGAGAGAUUCAAAGCAUCAUUUGUUCAUCUCUACAUCAAGUGUUUAUAGCAGAUCCAUCUUUGGCCAAAUUGGUCCAUUUUCAAGGCUAUCCAAGAGAAUUGUUACCGAUUACCGUUACCGGUAUUCCAUCUAUGCACAUUUGCCUCGACUGGAUUCCUGAAUUAUUGUCUCAACCAGAACCAGAAAAACAAAUAUUCGCAGUGGAUUUGGCUUCGCACCUUGCGAUUCAAUACGCUCUACCGAAGGCUUUAAGCGUUUCACGUUUAGCAAUUAAUACUCUUGUCACACUUUUAGGAGUUCUGUCCGCUAAAGAUCGUGUGAUCUUAUUUAUGCCAGCACUACCAGCCUUAACGCGUAUAUGUUUAGCUUUUCCACCAUUAGCCGAAGAUACUACAGGAUUAUUGUUACAGCUUGGCAGAGUUAAUUCUGCUCAAGCGGCAUUAGGAGAUAAAUCUGCAGAUAUUUUGUGUCACGAAGUUACCGAAACAUUCUGUAUGUUGUUGCAAAAAGCUAUACUACAAUCACAAGUGUACUGA